CAACGAGGCUACCACCAGAGCCAAGAGUUGCCGCUCCGCGUACCGCUGCCAAAACGCGCAGGAGGACUCGGUGCCAAAGGGUCAUUUUAGCGCACCACUGCUGAAACGGAAGGACUGUAGGGAUCCUAGAAUAAACAGCAACUGUUUGACCCCCAGAUGAUAUAAUCAUAAACCAAUAAUAAUAAUAAAGAAAACAAGAGAAGGAAGAGAGAAAGGAGCCAAAUAAUAGCCUAUACCCAUCACCGGUGGAGUGCUCCGUACCUCAUCUGUCGCCACGCUUGCUGCAGAGGUGUUGCUUCCUCCUCCUCCUCUGAAGAAGAAGAAGAAGCAGAAGAAGAAGUGACGCGGCUACAGGACAUUGCUGUGGACAAAUUGGUCUUCCGUCCUUAUCGCGCUCCGUAUCUGUCACUUUGACCUUCCAAGCGCGCAGCCAAGUUGCAGUUGUGAAUUGGAGGGGGAUUGGGACAAAGUUGGUCAGCUGCGAUCCAGAGAGGACCGACACCACGGUUCAAGCCGACUCCAAGUGCCGUUCACCGGGCGAUGCCAGAGUAAAUGCCGGGGCAAUGUCCCGCCGCAAGCAGGUGAACCCGCAGCACUUAUCGUUGACGCACAGGGAGACAAUACAAGCUGAGGCCAAUCAUGAGUCAGGGGCGGGAUCGCCAUCUCCGGAGCCGUCCACUCCCAGCCCUCGGAGGGCAGGACCCGGCGAGCAUGACCUGCUGACCUGCGGCCAGUGCCAGACCAACUUCCCUCUGGGUGAUAUCCUCGUCUUCAUCGAGCACAAGCGGCGUCUGUGCCGAGGGCCUGGCAGCGCCCCGGGCUCCUUUACCAAGCCAGGAGAGGGCAGUGGGGGCAACAUCAUCCCCAUCUCUCCCAGGGUUAGGUCUCAUGAGCUGGGCAGAGGGCCUGUCCCAGUGGAGGUGGGCAUCCAGGUCACCCCCGGAGGAGAGGAGGACGAGGUGCGGAGGCUGACGCCGGCCAAGGGUAUCUGCCCCAAGCAGGAGAGAGGAGAUAAAGAUGAGCCAUCCAGCUACAUCUGUACCACCUGUAAGCAGACGUUUACCAGCGCCUGGUUCCUGCUCCAGCAUGCGCAGCACACCCACGGUAUCCGCAUCUACCUGGAUAACCACCCAGUUAACUGCUCCCUCACUCCCCGCAUGGCUCUGCCUCCACCGCCGGGUGCUGACGCCCUGCCCCGCUCCCCUCUCCCCACCUUCCUCGGAGACACCAGUAACCCAUUCCACCUGCUCCGCAUGGCAGCCCCCCUGCUCAGGGAUCACCCUCCACCCCCGGGGUACAUGGAGACCCGACUGCCUGCCACGCCGCCCUUCGUCAGUCCUCCGCCUCCUCCCAGACACCCCCUCGAGCGGCUGGGCCCAGAGGAGAUGGGGCUGCUGUCCCAGCACCCCAGUGCCUUUGAGAGGGUGAUGCGGAUGACACCCAUGGAUCCUCCUUCCAUGGACUUCUCCCGCCGUCUGAGAGAGCUGGCAGGCAACACAACCAAUAAUGGUGGGCCUACACCUCCCCUCUCACCCAACCGUGUGCCACCCAUGCACCGCCUGCUCAGCCCCACACUCUUCCAGCCUGGCUCCAAGCCUCCGUCCUUCCUAACCUACCCCCCACCUCCACCCACCUCACAGGGGGGACCCGAAUCCACUAGCCCUCCCGACGUCCAGGGCCAGAGCCAGGGCCAGGGGAAAGUCAAAUCCUGUGAGUUCUGCGGGAAGACCUUCAAGUUCCAAAGUAACCUGAUCGUCCACAGGCGCAGCCAUACAGGAGAGAGACCCUACAAGUGUCAUCUGUGUGACCACGCCUGUUCUCAGGCCAGCAAGCUCAAAAGGCACAUGAAGACACAUAUGCACAGCAAGACCGGGUCUAUGGGCAGUUCCCCAGAACAGGGAAGCAGAGGAGAAGGAGGAGAGGCUGAAGAAAAGUGUAGGGAAAGAGAUGCAAGAGGGAUGGUGUUAGAUAAUGAAGAUGAGGAGGAAGAAGAGGAAGAAGAGGAAGAGGACGAAGAGGAAGAAGAGGAAGAGCUGAGGAAUGGGAGUCGGCCAGAUUCCAACAUCAGUGAGGACUCUCAGGAGUUCGGCCAGAACAGGGAGAAUGGCCCGAGACCAUCUCCAGAGGAGAAAUCCCUCAGUGGGGACAGAGUGACUGACAGUGGCGGGGUGGGCAUCAUGCAUCCAUACAACCACCUGGACAAUCACCUGAGACUUAACCCGAGCAAGAGAAGCCUGGAGAGACAACCAAAUGGGGAUGGCGGUGAGAGGGGAGAACCAGAAAGAGACGGAGAGACAGAGCGGGAGCAGGACAAAGAGCGAGAUGACCAGGAGGACCAGAGACCCAUGAUGAACGGCAGGGUCAGCAUAUCUGAAGCGGACUCUUUCCCGGGGUUGUUCCAGCGUCAGCCGACUCCCAUCACCAGCCCGAGCCCGUCCAACAACAAGAGGAUCAAAAUAGAGAAGGAGCAGUUGGAGCUUCCCCCUACAAUACCCCUUAUUUCUCCUGAGAACGUCUACUCCCAGCUUCUGGCCGGCUACGCUGCUUCACGCCACUUCAUCAGAGAGCCCUUCCUUGGAUUCACAGAUGCCCGGCAGUCCCCGUUCGCCACCUCGUCCGAGCACUCCUCGUCCGAAACAGGUAGCCUUCGCUUCUCCACCCCUCCGGGAGAGCUGAUGGAAGGGGGUGGCGCCUCGGGCCGCAGUGGGAGCAGCACCCCUCACCUCCUGCGGGGACCCGGACCCGGCCGGCCCCCGAGCUCUAAGGAGAGGAGGAGUGAUACCUGCGAGUACUGCGGCAAGAUAUUCAAGAACUGCAGCAACCUGACAGUGCACCGACGCAGCCACACGGGUGAACGCCCCUACAAGUGUGACCUGUGCAGCUAUGCCUGUGCCCAGAGCUCCAAGCUGACGCGCCACAUGAAGACCCAUGGGCAAUUUGGGAAGGAGGUGUACCGCUGCGACAUCUGCCACAUGCCCUUCAGUGUCUACAGCACGCUGGAGAAACACAUGAAGAAGUGGCACGGUGAACAUUUGAUGGCCAGUGAGGUCAAACUAGAGCAAGCGGACAGAGGCUAAGCCCACCAGCCAUCACUGAUACAGCCUGCAGUGCACACAAGCAAACACCGCCACACACAUCCACACACACACAAACAUACACACAUGUACACACACACACACAUACACACAAAUUCCCUAUAACCACUUCCUCAACUAUGGGGCUUGGCUGGAUAAUCUCUCUCUUGAAUAAUUUUGAGACUGAUUGAUGUUCAUCUUUUUUUCUUGUCACAGAAACUGCCACCUGAGAAAUAUAAACAAAGGGAAACUUUAAUGAGAAGUUGUCUGGAAUGCCCAACUUGGUGUUUCUUGGCAACCUGUCUGAGGAUUUUAUCAGUUAGGGAUCCAUGGAGCCUUUCUACUGUGCAAUAAUUUCUGUAUUUAUUGGAUUUUUGUAAUGAUAUUUGGCAUGUGCAGAUACAUCUUUGUGGGAUUUCAUAUGGAGUUAGUUUUGAAAUGUGCUAAAAACAUUUUUUUCUAAAAAGCGAUAACUGGAAAGAAGUCACCCUUAAUAUUUUUUUUUUCCCUUUUCCUUUAAGGAAGCUUAUUAUUCUGUAAGAGUAAAAUUGUGUGAAGCCGUUAGCUUUUAAAAGUAAUGAUAGUAAUUGUUUUCUAUAUUAACUGCAGCAGCGGACUACAAUCCAUUCCCUCAUACAGGCCUAACGCACUGAAUGUCACUAUGACAAUAAAACAUCAAGCUGGAUUUUAAAAAUCCACCAUUGUCUUAUAGAUCUGAAUAAGUUAAAACGUAAUUUAUUCAGGGAAAUUGUCCUUUAAAACAUUGGCAUGUGAAUACUAUCAAAAUGCAGUUACUGUAUUGGUGUCCUGUUUCCUUGUUUCAGUCAGGACAUAAAGGUUGCACUUAAUGGAGGUACCCUUAACUGAUGCUCAGUACAUUCCCUAUGUAGGAUUAAACCACCAUAUUUAAGAUAUUAAAUAAGUUAAGACUACUUGUGAUUAAUGUGAGAAGGAGAACAGUCCUGUUUAUGUUUGUAAAUAUAUUCUUUUUUUAUAUGUUAAAGUAGCCCCGACUGUACGUGAAAGAUGGCCUAAAACUAAAACAAUCAGAGGACCAGCUGCUUGCAUCGUCCACAGUAUAUGCUAAGUGUAACUACAAUACAUUAUUGCUUAUCAGACCCACCUGAUUAUCUCCCCCACCCCACCCAUGUAUGCUUUUACUCAAAGGCAAUUUGUUUGACUAAAGCUACUUCAACAAACAUAUCACUUUCCUGAACGGUUCUGUCUCUUGUGUCUGGGGAACUCUGUCUGACCCGGGUUGACUUCCCGUGUCCCCUUAGGAUUCGCAAAAUGGUUUCAUAUGAAAUUCAUGUCAACAUGUGUUAGAGUGUGUGAGUGCGUGUGUGUGUGUGUGUGUGUGUGUGUGUGUGUGCGUGUGUGUGAUUCUCUCUGCGCUCUAAGCCUCUCUCCAAUGGUGUCUUUUCACAGUUCACUAGCUCAGAUUCAUGCAUUAGGUCGGCUUUUAAAAGGGAGCCUGUUUAUUCGCCUCACAAAGUGAUAUGGGUUUAACUUCCAAUAACAGAUUUUGAGACAGUGUGCAUGUUUGUGACUUUUGGGGGGAUUACAGUUUUUAUUUUCUGCAUCGUUCAUCCUGAAAUGAAUCUGGUUAAAUAAAAUAAAAAAAAAAAAAAAAUCAAAUCAAAUCAAAAAAAGGCUAUUUGAGUUAUGAUAAUUUUGAACACAGCUGCACUGGGGGAUGGCCCGAGUGACCUUGAGUAAGGGCUAUACUUGUUGUAAAAAUGAAAGCUUGAAAUUGUGAAAUGAAGAGCGAGAAAGAAAUACUGGGGGAGAGAACAGGACCUUUGACCAAGGAUAAAAGUAAUUUGAAUGAAACUGGAAGCCUAUGAAAGGUGUCUUCUUUUUUAAAUUUUUUUUUUUUUUUUUUUUUUUUUUUUUAACCCAAAUGCACAUCGACUGGCCACAUCUUGUACGGGACCGUCAGAGUGAGAGGGAGAGCGUGAGCGUGAGAGGGAGAGAGCCACAUGAAAGGAGACUGAGACUACAUCUUCCAUUUUAGCACUGCCAUCCUAAAUCAUCAGAAUGAUCUUCCCUUAAAGGUUUGACCUUUUUUUUGGCCUGUUGCCAUGUUUUAUCUCUGCCAUUUUGUUUGGAUUGGAAAAGGAGUACACCUUAAAUAUAAAUUCCUCAUUUUGUACUUUUU